CAAUAUAGCUCACUUGUCACCUUCCCACUUGUCUCUCAGUACCAGACCUCAACACCAUAUGCUAGUUACUGGAACAGCUGGAGUCCAGGUUACAAUGAUUGACAAUAGUAGACUGUUGAAAACUGAUAUCGCUCCUCCUCUUCCUCCAAUCCUCCUCUCUCCUUCUCUUACUUCUCCUCCUCUUCCUCCUCUCUCCCUCCUCCUCUCCCUACUCCUCAUCUCUCCUUCUCUUACUUCUCCUCCUCUCCCUCCUCCUCAUCUCUCCUUCUCCCCCAGUGACCAGAAGAGCAGCAGGAAGAUGUCUUGUUUGGAUGAGGUUCCUUUUAAGACCCUUCUGGGAUCUCUGGAGGGACCCAGGGAAGAGGUGGAGCUGAUUGCUGCCCCAGACAUCACUGUCCCAGACUAUCUCACCAUACUGCAGGAGACAGAGUACAUGUUCAGCUUGGAGAACUGGGUGCUCCAGGGACUCCAGGGAGGUUACCCCAGCCAGCCCCAACACCCCGGCCCCAGAUCCCCAUCCGAGGUGCUCCCCUCCAGCCCACCCUACUGGCAUCUCUUCAGCAGCCCCCAGGAGAGCCGCCUGGCCAGCCGACACAGCUCUGACUUCUGGGAGCCCAACCCCCGCCAGCGCUCCCACAGCCUGAACCCGGUUGACAUGCGCACCCGGGUUAAGUUCGUCAUCUCCGACUCCGAGGAGGAAGAGGAGUGCUCUUCGUCAGGAGAGGGUUCCUCGGAGUCUGGUUCAGGGUACAGGUCGGAUCAGCGUGUUCCUGGGGUGAGGAACCCACGGCAGACCUGCACCCCUAACGUCCUGAACCUACCUGUCUCUCAGAGUGGUCUGGUGACCUACCAGCGUAGGAAGAACCUCCGCCAGUACUCGCUGUCCGUUCUGGAGACCCCCAGAGAGUGUAUCCAGGGGCCCCCUUGCCCCCCAGGAGGACCCAAGCCACCGUCCUCCUCAUCCCUACCCAGACACCCAUUGACCAGGGCCAACACAGAGAAUGUCCCCUCCAUCAGACACCACAAGCCAACACAUCCGUCCCUGAGUCCGUACUUCUGCCUGCCGGCCCUUCCCUCGGUGACCUCACGACCCAUGGGUUCCCACGCCGCGUCAGUACUGGACUCCUCGGUGGAGCUGCUGUCCGCGCUGAGUCCCGAAGAGAGAGAGCUGCUGCACGCCAUCACUGAAAGGGGCUAUCCGCUCCGCACCGCCAUCAUCGCCCUGCAGAAGACCGGCCAGCAGAGCCCAGAACAGAUCCUGCGCUAUCUGGUGGCCUGUGACAGACUGUGUGAGCGGGGCUACGACGAGGCUCAGGUGGAGGAGGCUCUGGAGAUGUUCCAGAACUGUGAGACUAAGGCUGAGGAGUUUCUUCACCUGCUGGCUCAGUUCAAUGAGAUGGGCUUCCAGCAGAACGCUAUCAAAGAGGUUCUGUUAGUCCACGAGAACCACCGCGAGAGGGCCCUGGAAGAGCUGAUGAUGCGUGUGGCAUGACAGGGUCAAUGUCUGCUCCCAUGAAAAAUACAUUGUAGGAGACAUACAUGCACCAACACAAACACAGUUCCUGUUUACUACAAACAAUUAUGUUAGCUAAUGUAUCAUAUUAAAGGGAUAGUUCACUCAAACUAUAUUUUACUAUUUGGUUCAUUAGUCCACUGUUAAUACAAUCCACAAAAAUUGUGUAUGUCACCAGUCAAGUCUUCAAGAUUGAGCACUUUCAGUCCAGAGCAAAAACGAUGAUGAUGAUGAGUUUUCAGUGAACUAUCCCUUUUAAUGAUAUGUGAUUUUCAAAUUGCAAUUUGCAUGUUGAAACAAUGUUGAUUGACUGGAACACACUAAAACUAUACAUUCUAGCAAAUCAGGAA